GUGUUAGUAUUGUUUUGAUAGUACAAAUAUAAAUCAGCGUUUGUACUCAUUUCAGAUUAUUAUUAUUAUUAUUAUUAUUAUUAUUAUUAUUAACAAGCGUACAGUAAGAGCGCCUCGGACUAGAAGAAGAGACUGAGACGGUGUUUUCCUGUGCCGUGUUGCAUAACAAUACUACCGGCAUCGGUGUGUGUCUGUGUGUGUUUUGUUUUUAAUACAAAACAGCGAAAGAGAACCGAAAUAUGUAAAAGUGACCCUAACCAUUUCUUCGGACAACACACAGAAUAAUAAGCGGUUUGGCGGAUUAGAGGAUGCUGGUGGUUUAUGUGUCGGGUUUGGCAGUGUGUUUCACCCUGAGGAUUUACUGAAAACGGGAGCGCAUUUUCAGGGAUAAAACCCAAUACAAGCGCGGAACUGCUUAACAACAACACUGCAGAAUAAAACGAGAGAACUUUUCAACUGAACGACCGAGUCGGACUCGGUACCAGUAAGAUAGGCUACAGGCAGCGGUCAUUGUGGGUGUCUCUGAAGGCUGACGUAGUUUCUAGAUAGGGUUUACAGAUUGUAUCUAUUUUUCUAAAAUUUAUAACGAGUUUGAAAGAGAUGUGAAAUUAUUAGUUUGGUAUAACGCUAAACUUUUUUUUUUUUGUAAUGAAACUAAACAAUUAUACUAAACUGAAACCUCUUGCUGUAUGUGACGAGCACACCCACAGCCCCCCGCUCUAGUGUUACUCGUCACGUCUGUUUUUUUUUUUUUUUUUUGUAUAAAAAGAAAAUCAUUUAGCGCGGUGUAUUUGUUUUCUUCCAGAGUGACAGUCGCUAAGACACAAGUUUAAAUAAUACUACGUUUUCUUUUCACAGUUCGUGUUAAACGAAAAUAUAUAUUUUCUGUUUCUGCAUAUUCGUAAUAUAUCUUUUUUUAAUAUAUAGUUUGAGUAUUCAAUUGCACAGCGAUUAUUUGUUUCAGAAGUAAGUCAGUAUAUGUAAAUAUAGUAUUAGCAACUUGUGGGGAAUAAAGAUCGCGUUUAAUUAAUUCACCGCUAACGGUGUUAUUGCCACUGCUGGCAGUCUUUUUUUUGUUUAGUUGAGUACAUGUCAAAGUGUUGGAAGUGUACAAAAAGCAAUAUAUAUGAAUACAAACACGAACGAGAAGUGCUGCGAUUGAAGUAUGAAGCUGCACCGUUGAUAUAACUUUUAUUUUUUCAGCUAAAGGAAGGAAAUACAUAGAUCGGAAUCAGUAGUACUGUUUUGCUGCGAGCGAGGAAAGCCUUUUGGUUGUUGUCUUGCCUUUCGUUUGCUCGACACCCUCCCCCACUUUUAUUCUUCGGAAAGCCCAGCCUUGGUGUGUGCAGCGCCGUUGGCGUGUCACCCGCUCUCGGUGAGCCCCGCAGCUGUGAUGGAGCUCAUGUUCGCGGAGUGGGAGGACGGGGAAAGGUUUUCCUUCGAAGACUCGGACCGGUUCGAGGAGGACUCGCUGUGCUCCUUCAUCUCCGAGGCGGAGAGCCUGUGUCAAAACUGGCGAGGAUGGAGAAAACAGUCGGCAGGACCCAACUCUCCCACUGUCAAAAUAAAAGAUGGUCAGGUGAUCCCUCUGGUGGAGCUCUCUGCUAAGCAGGUUGCGUUCCACAUCCCCUUCGAGGUGGUGGAGAAGGUGUACCCCCCAGUCCCAGAGCAGCUGCAGCUCAGGAUAGCCUACUGGAGCUUCCCAGAGAACGAGGAGGACAUCAGGCUGUAUUCGUGUCUCGCUAACGGCAGUGCGGAUGAGUUCCAGCGGGGGGAGCAGCUGUACAGGAUGAAAGCUGUGAAGGACCCGCUGCAGAUUGGUUUCCACCUCAGUGCCACGGUGGUCUCUCCCCAGGUGGUUCAGGCGAAGGGUGCGUACAACGUGGCUGUGAUGUUUGACCGCUGCCGCGUUUCUUCCUGCAGCUGCACCUGUGGAGCCGGAGCCAAGUGGUGCGCCCAUGUGGUAGCUCUGUGCCUCUUCAGGAUUCACAACGCCUCGGCAGUGUGUCUGCGCGCCCCGGUCUCUGAGUCUCUGUCCCGGCUGCAGAGAGACCAGCUCCAGAAGUUUGCUCAGUACCUCAUCAGUGAGCUACCACAGCAGAUCCUGCCCACAGCCCAGCGUCUCUUGGACGAGCUGCUCUCCUCGCAGUCCACUGCCAUCAACACUGUAUGCGGAGCACCAGACCCCACAGCCGGCCCUUCGGCCUCUGAUCAGAGCACCUGGUACCUUGACGAGUCGACCUUGAGCGACAACAUCAAGAAGACUCUGCACAAGUUUUGCGGGCCCUCGCCGGUGGUGUUCAGUGAUGUGAAUUCCAUGUACCUCUCCUCCACUGAGCCCCCUGCUGCUGCAGAGUGGGCCUGCCUGCUGAGGCCCCUGAGGGGCCGCGAGCCAGAGGGAAUCUGGAACCUGCUCUCCAUCGUGAGGGAGAUGUUCAAGAGGAGAGACAGCAACGCCGCGCCCCUGCUGGAGAUACUGACCCAGCAGUGCCUCACCUACGAGCAGAUAAUCGGUUGGUGGUACAGUGUGCGCACCUCCGCCUCUCACAGCAGUGCCGGCGGGCACACCGGGCGCAGUAACGGCCAGUCUGAGGUGGCGGCUCACGCCUGCGCCAGCAUGUGUGACGAGAUGGUGGUGCUCUGGAGACUGGCGGUGCUGGACCCCACCAUGAGCCCACAGAGACGAGGGGAGCUGUGCGCUCAGCUCAAGCAGUGGCACCUCAAGGUGAUUGAGAUCGUGAAGCGGGGGCAGCACCGCAAGUCCUUGGAUAAACUUUUCCAGGGCUUCAAGCCAGCGGUGGAGUCCUGCUUCUUCAGCUGGGAGAGCGCCUACCCCCUGCCCGGCAUCACCUACUGCAGCGCGGACAAGAAGAGUCUGGCCUUCUGCUGGGCCAGGACAGUGCAGCAGCAGAGGGCAGGCAGGGCAGGGGCAGUGGGGCCCCUGGAGCCAGGAGCUGGCAGGGCAAACGGGCAGGAGGGCUCAGCAGAGCACAGGGGCAGUGGAGGCAACUCACAGCUGGAGGUGGCAGUGCGCCCCAAAGAGAUGGGAAAGCACAAAGGGGUCCCCAGCGGGAGAGGGCUAAUGCUGGGGGGCCGGCUAGGAGGAGGGGGAGGAGGGUUCUUGCUGGCUGUGGAGGACGGUGGUGGAAUUAAGGGUGUAUACAAGGCUGAGGUCACAGGGUCUGCUUCUUCGUCUUCUGCUCUGGGGGGCAAAGUGAAGCUGGUUCAAGCAGGUAAGGCAAGUGGAGCCGGGAGUGUCAAGCACGGGUCCAGCAAGCGCAGGACCAGCAGCGAGGACAGCUCUCUGGAGCCGGACCUGGCUGAGCUCAGCAUGGACGACGGGUCAAGCCUGGCACUGGGGGCCGAAGCCAGCAACACCUUUGACCUGCCUCCCCCCCCAGCAUCAACCGUCCCCUCCCUGCCCACCCUGCACAGAGACGCACAGCGCAAGUACGGCCCCGUGACAGGGAGCGCCACGGGAUACUACCCCAGCAAGACCUCGCCCGCAGGCACAGAGAGCAGGGGAGGGGAGGUGGAGGUGGAGGUGGAGGUGGAGGUGGAGGUGGAGGUGGAGGCGGAGGUGGAGGCUGAGAUUGAGGAGCUGGAAGUGGGGGAGGACCCUGCCCCUGAGCCUGACUCUUCCUGGGAUGGAGAGAGGGAGAGUGGGGAGGCAGAGCUGCUCUCUGCCCAGGCCCUGCAUCCUCCAAGGGAGGAUGAUUACCAGGCAUACUACCCUAGCGCUGCCUCUGAGGAGGGAGGGGGGGGGCAGCACUGCGCUAAUGGAGAGGAGGAACCAGACAUCUUCUCUGGGAUCAAACCACUGGAGCAGGAGGAGCGGAUAGAGGUACUGUUUGCAUGUGCAGAGGCCCUGUAUGCUCAUGGUUACAGUAACGAGGCAUGCCACCUGGCUGUGGAGCUGGCUGAGGAUCUUCUAUCCAACCCUCCUGACCUGAAGGUGGAGCAACCCCAGACCAAGGGUAAAAAGAGCAAGGUGUCGACGAGCUGGCAGACCCUGGUUGCCACGGGCACGCUGUGCAAGACUGCCUUCCUUCUGAUUGUGCUGAGCGAGCGCCCCGAGCUGCACAACCUGGCCUUCAACACUGGCAUGUUCUCCCUGGAGCUGCAGAGACCCCCCGCCUCCACCAAGGCACUCGAGGUGAAGCUGGCGUAUCAGGAGUCGGAGGUGGUGGCUCUGCUGAAGAAGCUGCCUCUGGGCCUGGUAGAGAUGAGUUCUAUCCGGGAGCGAGCCGAGCAGCUCCGUGAUGGGAACUUCUGCGACUACCGACCUGUCCUGCCUCUCAUGCUGGCCAGCUUCAUCUUCGACGUGCUCUGCACCCCGGUGGUCUCCCCCACCGGCUCUCGUCCCCCGAGCCGAAAUCGGAACAACGAGAUGCCAGGAGACGAGGAGCUGGGGUUCGAGGCAGCCGUCGCAGCGCUUGGUAUGAAGACGACAGUGAGCGAGGCGGAGCACCCCCUGCUGUGUGAGGGGACGCGUCGGGAGAAGGGGGAUCUGGCCCUGGCGCUCAUGAUCACUUACAAGGACGACCAGGGCAAGCUCAAGAAGAUCCUUGACAAGCUGCUAGACCGGGAGAGCCAGACUCACAAGCCCCAGACUCUGAGCUCUUUCUACUCCAGCAAGCCGGCUGCCAGCAGCCAGCGCUCCCCCUCCAAGCACGCGGCACACACUGGGGGCUUGGCCAAGCACACGGGACAGGCUGUCGGAGGUGGGUCUGGAGCCGCGCAGGGCGUCGCCAGUGGGGGGGCAGCCAAUCAGCAAGCAGGGCUGACCAGCAUGGUGCAGGGGCCUACCGGAGAGAACUACAGCAGCAGAGAGCAGCAGGAUGGCGUGCCCCUGUCCUCCGUUGAGCUGCAGAGCGAGGCACCUCUCUUCAAGCCUGAGGGCCGGGUCCCCAGCCGAUUGGCCCUUGGGACUCGAGGGGCAUACAGUGGCCGCUGCUGGGGCUCCCCUGUUCGACAGAAGAAGAAGCACACAGGCAUGGCUAGUAUCGACAGCAGCGCCCCCGAAACCACCUCCGACAGCUCCCCCACUCUCAGCCGACGCCCCCUGCGAGGGGGUUGGGCAGCAGCCUCCUGGGGACGAGGCCAGGACAGUGACAGCAUCAGCAGCUCCUCGUCCGAUUCGCUGGGUUCCUCCUCUUCCAGCGGGUCACGCAGGGCAGGGGGUGGGGCCAGAGCCAAGAGCGCCGACAGCAGCAGGUACAAGGGGCGUCGGCCAGAGUGCCACGUUCCGCACGUCCCUAACCAGCCCUCGGAGGCUGCAGCGCACUUCUACUUUGAGCUGGCCAAGACGGUGUUGAUCAAGGCCGGCGGCAACAGCUCCACCUCCAUCUUCACACACCCCUCCGCCAGCGGGGGCCACCAGGGGCCACACCGCAACCUGCACCUGUGUGCCUUCGAGAUCGGCCUGUACGCCCUGGGCCUGCACAACUUUGUCUCACCAAACUGGCUCUCCAGGACCUACUCCUCUCAUGUCUCCUGGAUCACUGGCCAGGCGAUGGAGAUCGGCAGCGCUGCUCUCAAUAUCCUGGUGGAGUGCUGGGACGGCCACCUCACCCCCCCCGAGGUAGCCUCUCUAGCGGACCGGGCCUCGCGGGCACGUGACCUCAACAUGGUGCGGGCCGCGGCGGAGCUGGCUCUGAGCUGCCUGCCUCACGCACACGCACUGAACCCCAACGAGAUCCAAAGGGCACUGGUGCAGUGCAAGGAGCAGGACAACGUGAUGCUGGAGAAGGCAUGCAUGGCGGUGGAGGAGGCUGCGAAGGGAGGAGGGGUGUACCCCGAGGUCCUUUUCGAAGUCGCUCACCAGUGGUACUGGCUGUAUGAGCAGACCAUGGUGGGCGGGGCGGGGGCCCAGCGUGAGGGUCAGGGGGGAUGUGGGGCCAACGGUUGGGCCGGCCGUCCCCGGGCCGCUCUCGGCGAGACCUGGACCAGCGGAGCGCCUCUGGAGACCCCCGGGGCCACGGCGGUGACAGUGAGCACUGCGGCUGUGGUCCCUGUGAUAUCGGUGGGCUCCACGCUGUACCAGCAGCACGCCAUCGCGGGGUCUGCCAUGGGGCACCCCCACACACAGGGGCUGCACCCCUACACCACCAUCCAGACACACCUGUCCUCCAUCUGCACCCCACAGUAUCUGGGGCACCCCCUGCAGCACGUCCCCCGGCCAGCUGUGUUCCCCGUGUCAGGGGGAGCGUACCCGCAGGUAGUGCACCCGGCCUUCAUGGGGGCCCAGUACCCCUUUUCCGUGGCGACGGGCCCCCACCCGCACCCCCCCAUGGCAGCCACCACCGUCAGCUUCCCAGGUGUGCCCGUCCCGUCCAUGACACAGAUUGCUGUGCACCCCUACCACUCUGAAGCAGGACUGCCCCUCAGCACCACUGUGGCAGUAGGUGGCAUACACGCAGGCUCCUCUCUGCCUGGCCUUGCCCCCCAGCCGGCCCCCUUCCCCUCCGAGGAGGAGCAGCACAACCAGCCAGUCAGCCAGCAGGGCCUGCACUACCUGCACUCUGCCUACAGAGUUGGGAUGCUGGCUCUGGAGAUGCUGGGGCGCAGGGCUCACAAUGAUCACCCCAAUAACUUCUCCCGCAGCCCCCCCUACACUGAAGAUGUCAAGUGGCUGCUGGGGCUGGCCGCGCGCCUGGGAGUGAACUAUGUGUACCAGUUCUGUGUGGGGGCUGCGAAGGGUGUGCUCAGCCCUUUCGUGCUGCAGGAGAUCAUCAUGGAGGCGCUGCAGCGGCUGAAUCCCGCGCACAUCCAUGCACACCUGCGCAUGCCUGCCUUCCACCAGCUUGUGCAGCGCUGCCAGCAGGCAUAUCUGCAGUAUAUCCAUCACCGGCUGAUUCACCUGACCCUGGCGGACUACGAUGACUUUGUGAAUAUCAUCCGCAGCGCGCGCAGUGCGUUCUGCCUCACCCCCGUCGGCAUGAUGCAGUUCAACGACGUGCUGCAGAACCUCAAGAGGGGCAAGCAGACCAAAGAGCUGUGGCAGCGCAUCUCCCUCGAGAUGGCAACCUUCACCCCCUGAGCAGAGAGAGAGACCCAGAGACAACCGUACAAACAUACUGAGACCCAGAGACUAAUAACCAGGGAGCAGAGAGACAGAGACAAUACUGAGACCCAGUGACAAGUAUACACACACACUCGCACAGUGAGACCCAAUGACAGCUAUACACACUCGCACAGACAGAGGGCAACACAUCUCCCCCUGAGCAGAGAGAGAAGGAGAGACCUAGACUGAGACCUGGUCCCACACAUACCCUAGACACAGACACAGAGACCGACUGAAACACAGACGCACACCUGAGAUGGCAACCUUGUGAGACACACUGCCUCCUAGAACUCUGUCUGUCUCGCUGUCACCCACACAAACACCCAGCCAGGAUAUUGCCUCACUCUCUCGCCCCAGUCUAGGGGCUUUAGACACACGAGUCUCUCACAAGGGCAGACCUCCUCUCAUCUCCUGUUGGCUCCCUUAGUUUGUUUACAUUUGUAUUGUUUAUUUAGCCUCAGAUAGUAAUGAUGAUGAUAUUAAUGAUGACAGCUGAUCUAUACUGCAACAUUCCUCUGCCAGGGAGGCCUUUGUUUUGUCGUUUUGGUGUUACGUUUUUUGUGGGUUUUUUUUUUUGUUU